AUGGCAUAUGAGCACCAACCGAAGACAUCGACAAUCAGGGGCAGAGAUUUUGAAUCAACUCUAAAAUUCCAGAGUAUAGUCAAAUCUUCAAGUACAGGGCACUUAGAAAAAAGUUUCUCCAUUGAGACACCAUCUCCCCCAUCAAAUCUAACACAGAGAAAACUUGAGAGACUUCUCAGCGGGGAAGCGAUGAUGCCUUCACCACAAGAUCUUGAGCGCUUCAGCUUAUGGCUUGCUUCUUUAUCAAACCGACGUCCUCAUGAAAGGUUGGAUCUGCUACGCUUGCGAGCUACAAGGGAGAAUACAGCAUGGACUAAUAUAUCUCAUAGCAGAAGAGCAGGGUUGUCAAGUGCAAUGAGAAAAAGGCAGUAA